CGCGCCCGCCCUUCCCCUUCCUCCGCCCCGCGCCGGCCCAGGCAGCACUCGCGAGCAGCGGCGCCGCGGCCGGCGGCCGAGUGGGGAGGAUGCGGCGGCGCUCGCGGAUGCUGCUGUGUUUCGCCUUCCUGUGGGUGCUGGGCAUCGCCUACUACAUGUAUUCCGGCGGCGGCUCCGCGCUGGCCGCCGGCGCGGGCGGCGGCGCCGGCAGGAAGGAGGACUGGAAUGACAUUGACCCAAUUAAAAAGAAAGACCUUCACCACAGCAACGGAGAUGAGAAAGCACAAAGCAUGGAGACCCUCCCUCCAGGGAAAGUGCGGUGGCGGGACUUCAACCAGGAGGCGUACGUGGGCGGGACGAUGGUGCGCUCCGGGCAGGACCCCUACGCCCGCAACAAGUUCAACCAGCUGGAGAGUGAUAAGCUACGUAUGGACAGGGCCGUCCCCGACACCAGGCACGAGCAGUGUCAGCGGAAGCAGUGGCGGGUGGACCUGCCGGCCACCAGUGUGGUGAUCACGUUUCACAAUGAAGCCAGGUCGGCCUUGCUCAGGACAGUGGUCAGUGUGCUGAAGAAAAGUCCGCCCCACCUGAUAAAAGAAAUCGUCUUGGUGGAUGAUUACAGCAACGACCCUGAGGACGGGGCUCUCUUGGGGAAAAUCGAGAAAGUACGAGUCCUCAGAAACGACCGGCGAGAAGGCCUGAUGCGCUCGCGGGUGCGGGGGGCCGAUGCGGCCCAGGCCAAGGUCCUGACGUUCCUGGACAGCCACUGUGAGUGCAACGACCACUGGCUGGAGCCCCUGCUGGAGAGGGUGGCCGAGGACAGGACUCGCGUUGUGUCACCCAUCAUCGAUGUCAUCAACAUGGACAACUUCCAGUACGUGGGGGCGUCCGCUGACUUAAAAGGCGGUUUUGACUGGAACUUGGUGUUCAAGUGGGAUUACAUGACACCUGAGCAGAGAAGAUCCCGCCAAGGAAACCCGGUCGCCCCCAUAAAAACCCCCAUGAUUGCUGGAGGGUUGUUUGUGAUGGAUAAGUUCUACUUUGAAGAAUUGGGCAAAUACGACAUGAUGAUGGAUGUGUGGGGAGGAGAAAACCUGGAGAUCUCCUUCCGCGUGUGGCAGUGUGGUGGCAGCCUGGAGAUCAUCCCCUGCAGCCGUGUAGGACAUGUGUUCCGGAAGCAGCACCCCUACACGUUCCCGGGGGGCAGCGGCACUGUCUUCGCCCGUAACACCCGCCGGGCAGCGGAGGUCUGGAUGGAUGAAUACAAAAAUUUCUAUUACGCAGCAGUGCCUUCCGCCAGAAACGUUCCUUAUGGCAAUAUUCAGAGCCGAUUGGAGCUUAGGAAGAAACUCAGCUGCAAGCCUUUCAAGUGGUACCUUGAAAAUGUCUACCCAGAAUUACGGGUCCCUGACCAUCAGGAUAUAGCUUUUGGGGCGUUGCAGCAGGGGACCAACUGCCUCGACACUUUGGGACACUUUGCUGACGGUGUUGUUGGAGUUUAUGAAUGUCACAACGCUGGGGGAAACCAGGAGUGGGCCCUGACCAAGGAGAAGUCGGUGAAGCACAUGGACCUGUGCCUGACUGUGGUGGAUCGGGCGCCCGGCUCACUCAUAAAGCUGCAAGGCUGCCGGGAGAACGACAGCAGACAGAAAUGGGAGCAGAUCGAGGGCAACUCCAAGCUACGGCAUGUGGGCAGCAAUCUGUGCCUGGACAGCCGCAUGGCCAAGACCGGGGGCCUGAGCGUCGAGGUGUGCGGCCCGUCCCUGUCCCAGCAGUGGAAGUUCUCGCUGAACCUGCAGCAGUAGGAGACCCGGCCGGGCAUCCUGGCCCUGCACCGGCAGGCUGAGUCUUACAGUCACGGUAUGGUUACGUUCCUGAAACUUUCCGCGAAGCUAUAUACCUCAGUAUUCCAUCAUGGUCUGAAAGUCGGAGAACUUCAGCCAGGCACGGGACACGGCACACAAGCAAGAGGCGAGGAGGGAACUGUCCUCGUCACAGCACGCAGCCAGGUCCCCUUUCUGGAGGCCACGGCCACCCUUCCCGGCUUCCUCCGGGUCUGGUGGGGGUCAGGGAGCGGGGAGGGGCACGCUCACCCCACGGAGGAGCAUUCUUCUGAAAUCUCCAUUUUGAUCCCCUCGCGGUCCCCACAGCUCUGAACCGUCAUUGGGCAGGGUCACAUCACACCCCCUUGCCCUGCUCCUCGGCUCCCAGCCGCAGACCCCCUCCCACAUGACAUACUUGCUAUAUUUGAACAUGAACUUUUCGAAGGCCGGACACUAAAUACAAGUAUAUGGAGAGAGAGAACUACGGUCAGCUCCCGUGGUUUCUGUACAUUGUCCUCUCCUCGUAAGUUCCCCACGACGCAGCUCAUGGCCAGGGCCGGGGGGGCUGGAGCCUGGGGCCUGGCUGUCCCAGAGGGGCGGUGGCCGCCAUCCCCUGUGAGUGGCCUUAGCGGUGAGCAGGCGCCACCCUGACUGGCGGGCAGCUGCCCCGGGAGCCAGCGGUGCCCGAGGCCCGGGCUGCACAUCUCUUUGGCUUUGGCGUGGGAGUCACGGCUCUGUGCUGGAACCCACCUCCCGUGCCCGGGGUGUCUGUAAACCUACAGAGGUUACUUAUUUUGACAAAUAAUUGCUUUAGGUCUUUUUAAAUUAAAUUUCUUUUCUCUAAGGGAAAAAAAAACAAUCCCACAGCUCCCAGUGGCUGUGGGAAACUGUCACAGGCUGGCAUGGGACUAAUUGUGAGCGUCCUGGCAACACUGCCACUGUCACCUGGGUCCUGGAACCUGGGCUGCCUGCGCUGUCCCUGCCAGGCCCAGGUCAGGCCUCAGGAGCUUCGGGUCAAGAAUUAGGAAGGGUGGAAGCAGCAGUGCCUGCUCACGAGCAGGGAGCCUUCAGGGCCCAAAACAGGCACCUCGUGGUUUGAGAGGCAGAUGUGAGCAUGAACCACAAGACACUUACAGACUAAAAGGUAGUAACAGGAAGAGGCCUGAGCGUCUGCCUGGAUCCCAGGAAUGUCCCUGCACAGACAGCCCUCCUUGCCUUUGAAGUGUCAGAGCGCCUUGGCCCCGGCAGAACGGCUCCUGGCUCAUUGUCCUGGCCACUGGCCGCCGUCCUGCUCCACUCCAUCCCACACACAUACCUGGUCUCGGAGGCUGGUCACGCCAGCAGCCCACAAGCUACAAUGUGGGGGGACACGCGUCGUAAACACACAUCACCAGCCCGCUCUGGGAAGAGCUGGGAGCUCACAGAGUGAGAAGUGGCCCUGGGAGGUUCACACUGCCAAGUGCUGCUCUCUUUCCUGCUUGUUUCUUUUAGGAAAGGCAGUAUUGGUGAUCUUUCUUCCUCCACUGCGAAAGCCCCACGGGUUUGCUUUAUGACAGUGGGAUCAAGUGUGGAGGCGUGGUUGGGGAACUUUUUCCUCUGUCUUUUCCCCUUCUGCCCCCUGCCAAGCAGCCAGACGCAUUUCUAGUGGACACGGAGGCCGUAGCUGGUCUGAGUCCUACACUGACAGCUUCAGAGGCUGACCUUGACUCCAAGUGGGCCCCUGGGGACUCAGGCUCUGUGUCAGCCUUUGGAACUCAGCCCGGUUUUCACUGUCAGAACCUGUCACCUGUGAGUUGUUUCUACUGUUAGAAAAGUGUCCCAUUGAUGGAAAACAAAUUUGGCCGAGAUGGAAAACAAAUUUUAAUCAAAUUCUUGACCUUGACGAUCCUUCGCCCACACAACUCCACCCAACCCAGAAGUCUUACCAACCUUUGUACCAUCAGGCCAGGUGCACCCAGUCCCUUGGGGGGCAGCUCCCCAUCCCUGAGCUGGUGGGCAACGCGGCCGUGGAUGGCGUGGGUGUCGUGAGCAGGGGUGGGCCGGGAGGGCCCCUUGAGGUGAGCUAUGUUUACAUGACACAGUGUGCCAAAGUGACUUACUGUGGUUGCGUUAUUUUGUAGUCAUCGGGACUAUCUCGCCCUCCCACUCCUGUUUUUACAAAUAAAGAUUCUUUACUAAGAGCCCUUUGAGCAAAGCGUGGCGAAGUUAAUCGUCUUCUCUGUGAUGGUCUUUCUUAUGUCUUCAUAAAAGCGAAAAUGAUGGUAUCUGUAUGUUUUGCAAAUUCAAAAUAUAGUUUGGUAAUUUUUUUUCCAGUUGAUUUUUUUAAAGAACUGCUGUACAGAGCUGUACUUUGUCCAUUUUAUAGAUGGAAACCAUCCUUGAAAAUUGUUUAACUUAAAUAAAGAGAAGCUACUUUAUAGAUAAUGCG